GCAGCGGCAGCAGCAGCCGACGCCGCCGCAGCGGCCGCCUUAUUGCUGGCAAUCGCAGCCACACUAAGGAGCGCCUGGAACGCUAGCCCGACGCGCGCCGGAUUGAGCGUAUCGAGAAUCGGACCAGCCUCAGCUAUAUCCCUUGUGGUGCCAGGCCAGGCGCUGUCAAUCUGCAGCAUGUUCUGGAGCAGCUGGCGCAUGGCAAAGUCGAAGCUUAGCAGGCAGCGCAGGUGAGAAAGUAAACAAAGGCGUGGAGUUUUGUCGCAGGGAAGAAUAUGCGCGAGAGAGAGUCAAUGCGGCGGAGCACGACGCGUUGGCCUCGGGGUAACGGAAGAGAUAGACCCAGAACAUGCGCAGAAUGGCGUCCAUUGAUACACGGCGGAACUGCUUGUCCUUGAGCCGCUGAAUGCAGUACUCUAGCAGGGAAAGCCAGCGCUGGUGGAAGACAUCCCGGCGGCUGAUACACAGUGUGGCGCAGCCAGCGGGAAGGCGGCAUUGACGUGGCGCACCUUGGCGGCCAUCUUCAUGGCCUUGGUGUAGAUAAUGUCGAUGGCCUGUACGAGCUCGGGAAGGUUGACCUCAGCAUCGACAACGGCCGCUAUGGGCAUUA